AUGACGGCCUCGCAGCAAGACUCUGCCUUUGCACCGGCAACGAUGCUGGGCUACCCAUCUUCGCGCUCUUCGUCUUCCUCGAGUGCCACACCACCGACGACAAGACAGCAGCAGCAACAGCAGGCCCAUCACACGCUCAGCCACCGACCCUCAAUGACGGCGAGCCUCAUUGCCAGGGUCGCGCCCAGCUCUGCCUCAUCGCCUGCCCUGCGCGGUCUGGACGGCGGCGCUUGGUCUUCGUCGUCUUCGUCGUCGAUGAUGCGGCCGAGCUUCGGCAGCCACGCUGCCGGCCCGUCGCAGGGGAGCGACUCGCGCUCUGCGUCGAUUUCCUCCAUGGUGCAAAGCUCCUACGAGGUGCCGCUGUUCUUUGACCCGGCCGCGCAGAGGAGCGCGAGCACCUCGUCGUCGUCGAUUGCUGCCAGGCGCCGGACGUUGACCGCGCGGCCCUCGUCGGCUUCCUCUUCGUCCACGUCGGCAGCGCAGUCUCCUUUUGCUUCGCCUAGGCGAGACGAUGACGACGCGGGAAGCGACUGGACAGGCAGUCUCGAAGGCAUGAAGGAGCCUGAUGAGGACAUGGAUGUCACGGCGGUCGAGCGAGAGCUGAACAAGCGGACCAGGGAGCUCUCCUUUAUGGCCAAGAAGUCGGUCGAUGAUCUCCGAGCCGUCGUUAUGGCUUCGCAAAUCGACGAGCCCCUACCGCCGCUUCCACAGACGCCAGCUCUCGAUGAGCUGCACAAGAUGUCGAAGAGUGACGAAGUAGAGAACAAGAGCAGUGGCAGUGGCAGCAGCAGCAGCAGCGGUGGCAGCAGCGGCAAUAACGGAGCGGGCAAGCGGACAAAGAAGCGACCGACAAGGCUUCAGCUCGCGGAGACGAAUUACGACGAGGCACCGCGGCGCGACAGCCCGGCGACGAGCAUGCCCGUGAGCGUCAGCUACGGGAGCCAGCUCACGCUUCAGGCGGGCUCCAAAGCAAGUCCACACGGUUCGGCGCACACGAGAAAGACUGUCUCGUCGUCGCGCGUACACAGUCCCCUCACGCCCUCGAUGCCCCCCUCGCCGUCUAGACGCCACCUGUACGCCAAAGCCGACGAAAUCUUUCCGAGGGCGUAUUCUGUCUCACCCACGAGUCCUCACGCCACCUUGCACUCGCCGACGAGCGCGAUGAGGACGUCGACGGCGAUGAGAGAGCGAGAGUGGUCUGAUGCGGGUGAGUUGGCCCGAAGCCAGUCGAGGUUCUCCGACGGCACCGAGGACAGCCACAACUCGACGCCUCUCUUUUGCGACGACUCGGUCAGCUCUCGCGCUUCGUCGGUACACCCGCCCCCGCCACAGCAGCCUCCCCUUUCGACGGCGAAGCCGUUGCAACACCAGCUACAGAAUCCACUCCUUGCUGGCCUCGACGAAUACUACUACCCUCGCCGUGCACCCGUCUCUCCUCGCGCCGUGGCUCAGGCGGGCAGGCCGUCUACGUCCGACGCGGCUGUGCACUUGGCAAACUCGACCUCGCCGCCCCAGUCGCCCAGCGGCGUUCGCUUUGUUCGACACAACCACUCUUCCUCAGACCAAGAGGCUCUCAGGCGCUUCGUCGAGGAGGAGGAAGAGCCCCUUCGACACCGACCUCGCCACCAGCUCCAGAUUGUCGAGUCUCCACCUCUCACCGACUUCAAAGGCGCCAUGAGCUCGUCAUCGCCGCCACCGGGCAGCGGCAGCGCUAAUGGCAACGGCAACAGCAACACCACCGGUAGCAGCAAAAAGUCCAUCUCACUCGGGUCCCGGCUCAGAGCUGUUUCUACACCAAAGCUACGGCAUACCUCGAGUGGCUGGAGACUCUUUGGCGCCGGCUCUCCGCCCGCCGAAGCCGCGCCACCACUUCCCACGCCGGAGUCGAGGCCCGCCUCCGCGUCGACAAACCAGUCGGGCCCCGCUGCCUCUUCGCCCACGGUGGCCACUCGACCAGGAAGCUCGACGACUCGCAUUUAUCCUCCUCAAGCUCCCAGCGGUCGCUUUCGAUCUCGCACCAUCGGCGAGGCCGAUGACGGCCGUCGUCGUUCGAACGGAUCCAACAAGAGCAGCAUCCUCAACAACACCGGCAGCAGCAGCCAUGGAGGCGAUGAUGAGGCAGGACCGACGCCGCAACGUCCUCGGAGGCCCUCUUCGACCGAAGCCAUUGCUGCUGUUGCUCGCCGUCCUCGCAGACCAAGCAAGGCCGAGACGUACUCCAGCAGCGUCAACUCAUCGGUCCACUCGUUUCUCAAUGCCUCUCACUCCUCGAGCCAGAUCAUUGCCACCAGUCCUGCCACUGCUGCUCCUCCUUCCUCGACACCGGCCUCGACUGCCGCCUCGACGACCAAGGCUGCCAAGGUCGCGCCACCAAAGAGUCCCGCGUCUCGGCCAAAGAGCAGCAAGGGCGGCUGGGCCAGCCAUCUCCACGAAGGUUUGACGCUCCACGUCGACCACGGCGGGCAUCGCAGCUUUGUCAAGCUCGCCUACCUUGCCUACGAGCCUUUCACGCGGCCAGAGAUGCUCUGUCCAGCCGUGCUCGAUGAGCGACCAGCGACACCCAAACGGCCAAAGUCGAAGGGCGCUGAUGGCCCGUCCUCGUCGCCUUACAACAAGGCUGAAGAGCUUGGCGCGCUCGAGUACGGGCCCGCAGACAUCGCCACGCCCAUCAUGCUCGAGGCAGGCUCGGAAGAAGUGGUGAUCAAGCAUCUGACCCUGGGCGACGACACCAAGGGCGACUUGCUGACGAGGCAAGCGACGCUCUCGACGCGCAUCGACGGUACGCAUGAGGUGUCUGGCUGCGAACGCAAGGGCAGACUUGCCUGGCGGUGCGUCUACUCGAUCGACCAAAGGACGCUGCGCAUCGUCGGCUUCUUCUGCUCGGGCGAGCUCGUGGACAGCAACCGAGCGAAGAAAUCGAAGCUCAUCAGCGGGAUCCGCAAACAGAUGGCACCCAACCUUCAGUCGAUGCAGAUCCUGGGUGCCUCUCCUGCUGGUUCUUCGACGAUGCCGCUCGUGGACUCACCCACAUCUUCGCAUCCUUCGGGAGGACCAUCUUCACUGGCGAGGCCUGGUGGCGCGACAUCUAUCUCGACGUGGUCCCCCGCUUCGAUGGCUUCUCGUCAGCUCGACUCAUCACCCCAAUCGGUUCCCGGCAACCUGCCACCGGGUGUGGUGCCCUUCAAGAUGUCUUCAUCGACGACGAGGUCCCAUUCUCGUCCACCGCCAGCGGCCACGAGCAGUGCUAGCAGCAGUGCCACGAGUCCCGUCACCCCGGGCAACCGGUCGCUGCUUCUGCCCUCUCCCCUGUCGAGCCACUUUGCCACGCUGCAGCACCAGCCGCCCUCCAUCACGAGCGACGGCACCGAAGAGGAGAAGCUGCAGCCUCCCACGGGCACAAGGCGAAGAGGCCACUCGUUUGGCGAGGCGGCCAGGGGCCUUGCCGUUCCUGUUCCUUCGCGACCCGGCCAGAGUGGCGCAGGCGCGCUUGGCCUCGAUGUCUCUGCUGCAAAAGGCUCUUCGCUGCAUCCAUCGAGACAAACUCAGGAACAGCAACAGCGCCAGCAGCAGCAGCAACACUUGCUGCACCAGCGCCAGCGUGUCCUGUCCCAGGCUCGGGAUGGGGGUGCCGAAUAUGGGCAAAGGGUGCGAGCGGCCACAAGUGGCGAGCCGGCCUCAUCCUUGCGCUCUUUCUCGUCGGCGCGGCAGACUCCUUCUCCUUCAAGGCCACCCACGGCAAGCGAGGAGAUCAAGUUGGCCUAUCUCGGCACAGCCGCUGCUUUUCGCGAGCUGGGUCUCGACGACGAGAUGUUGUCGGCCGACGAGGGGGACGCCGAGACUCGCAAGGCCCCCACGAGGCCUCUCACGGCCGAUGUCUUUGUCCGUGCAGGACGAGGAGGAACGCCCGCCUCGCCGCACAGGGCCAAUGUAGAGGUUCACUCCGGCCUGCUCAAGGGCACGGCCAAACCGCUGCCUCCCCCGCCUUCCUCUCUGAUGGCAGAUGAAAGACCAAGGACCACGUCCUCGAUUCCGCCGGGCCAGCGCUUUGGCCUCCCCUCGGCCAGCCCUGAGCUCAUGAGGAGGUGGCUGUAG